UUGACACUGGUGGUGUGCAAGUGAUUUCAACCUUUUUUUUCUAAAGGAUACAAAGAUACCAACAGCCCGGGAUCUACGCCGCCGUGGAGCCGAAUGACAGGACUCUCCCCCGGAUCCACAGCCACAAGUCGGCUAGCCUGCCUGCAAGGGGCAAGGAUGCUGACAUGCCCCCUGUGCUCGACCUGCUGCGGGUGGCACCAGAGGACCUGGCUACACAAAUCACCAGGAUGGAUUUUCCUGUGUUUAAGUCUAUCACACCAGAGGAACUUACGUCUUGUGGCUGGACUAAAAAAGACAAAUUGAAGCUAGCACCAAAUAUUGUUGAAUUCACACGCAGAUUCAACCACAUCAGCUUCUGGGUCGUGCGGGAGAUCCUGAAUGCUGGGGGCGUGAAGCACCGGGCCGAGAUGAUGGGACAUUUCAUCAAAGUGGCAAAAAAGCUGAAUGAAUUGAAUAACUUUCACUCACAAUUUGCUAUAGUCAGUGCACUACAGUCAGCGCCAAUAUAUAGAUUAAACAAGACCUGGGCUGCUCUCUCCCGCAAAGACCGGCAGCAGUAUGAGCGGAUGGUGGAGCUUUUUAGUGAUAAAAACAACUGGGAGCAACUCAGGAGUCACGUCAAUAGCCUUAAGCUUCCCAUGAUCCCCUAUCUAGGUCUCUUCUUAACGGAUUUAGUGUACAUCGACAUGGCUCACCCUCACUUUGGGGGCCUGGAGUCAGAGCAGAGACAACUGAAGAUGAACAACAUCCUCAGAGUUUUGGCAGAUUACCAGCAGUCUGAUUACUCUGCCCUUCCUCACCUGCAGCAUGUACAGUCAUAUCUGGCUUCUGUCAGAUACAUUGAGGAACUUCAGAAGUUUGUGGAGGAUGACCACUACAAGUUGUCCCUCCAGCUGGAGCCAAAUACCCCAAGCAGCAGUCACAGUGCCAGCAAAGAUAGCGUGGCGGAUGCGGCGGGAGGAGUCAGCUCACUCAACCUAUCCCCUGUGCGGCCUGGAGUGGGCAGACCACCUGCCCCCCCUCCUACACAUGGCUGCCCUACUCAUGGGCCCCAGAGCAAGUUUGUGCCUGGCCAUCGCAAGGCUCGGAGCUUAGGGACAAAAUUUCGGAGUAUGAGCCUCCCGCGCAAUCUCCACCGCUCGGAACCCCAGAACCAUGGGGUAGACCGCUUCGGCAUCUUUAAAGGGUGUUCUGGUGCGGGUGAAGGUAUGCGCUGCGACUCAGUCAACAGCCUAGGGGGACAUGAACCUGGCUGCCCCUCAGCCCAGGGUUCACAGGGAUCAAGGCAUUUGCUCGAUGACUCCGAGCUGGACCCUCCCCCCCAUGACUGCACCUCCCCUCCGUCUCUCACGCGCACCUGGUCAGGCCUGUCAUCAGACUCUGACACCGAGGUUGUGUUUGAGGUGAGUGGCGAGGAGUGUGGCGUCCAAGGUCCCCUGAGACGCAAAACAGUUAUCAAGGAUGGACGCAGACCUGCAGUGGCAGCUUGGCAUCGUUACUGGGUCCAGCUCUGGGGUGGAGCCCUUGUCUACUACCACCCCAAGAGCUUGACAUCAAGAGGCCAAGAGAGGGCUGACUUCAAGACCUCUCCUUGCAAGCUCCAGCCUCUGGUUGGGCAGGCGGGGAAGCUCGUCCUGGUGGGACCACAGGAUGCCCAAUCCCAGCCUGACGUGUUCCAGCUUUCAGACCCAGCGAAAGCAACUAUAUACAAGUUCCGAGCACCCUCUGUGUCUGCUGCCAAGUCCUGGAUUUCCAACCUUCAGCAGGCUCUGACAGAGAACACUCAGAGACCCCCAGAGAACCUCAUUACUUUCGAGUAAUGGCACAGUUGGUCUGGGAUCAUUAUCUAAAGACGUUUGUUUUUCUUGGCUGAAGUGGAGGAGGUGGUCAAGAGGUUUCACGCACAGGUCCAUACCUCAAGUACUCAGCGAUGCAGACUAGAAAAAAUGUGUCCAGAAGAAUCAGCUGGGGAAAGCUCAAUGUGUGUGUGAUUCUGUGGUUGUAAAGCGUUGAAAUAUAGAGACCAAUUGAGAUUUGGGAACCUCAUCUUAAAGCCAAAAGGAUAUAACUUAUUUACACAAUAAGACAGAUGUUAAAAACAUGACAAAAAGAUAAAUGACUAUUCAGUGGGGGAAAAAAAGUGGUUCUGUGUGUGAAAGAUGGAAGACAUAUACCAAAAUUCCCCACAUGUUUAUAUUGAAAAGAAAAAAGAAAAACAAAGAAAGACAGGUAAGAUAGAAAAAGGAAAUUUCCCCUCUCUUUUGUGCACUUAUCCUGCAUGAACAGUAAAACCUGGGGAGAAAAAAGUGUCUUGUGUGAAGAAGAAGAAGAAGAA